AUGAAGGUCUCCUUCUGCUUGGCCUCGGUGGUCGUCAUGUGCAUGUGCAGCACGGUUGCUGCAGCGCCUAAGGUCACAUCCGUGCUUCUGCCGCAGAGCACGGUUGGGCAACUGGUGAGUCAUCUUGAAGUAGCACCUGUACUUCGGGAUACGGCUGACGGUCUUGACCCUCGCCGCGCAUCGUCAGCUGACCAGCGCACCACCAAGGAUCCGUUGGAUCAAUCAUCAAGGCCGUACGUUUCACGAGUACGACACCGAACUAGCUACGUUCAUCCGGACGGACGGACAGCAGAGAUGGGGUGCACAUCCCGAAAAUUUGCCAUCGUUAUCAAGCGUGGUGAGAGGAGAUCUCGGCGGUGUGAUCGCGCUAGAUGCAGGCACCGAGCUGACUGCGUUGCACUCGCUUGCUCUCUGGGCGCUACCUUGCAGAUGACACGGGCGUCAGCAAGCGGUUUGACCGCCGUAGGUGACAGAAACGGUGUGCCACACGAGUUCAUCAACGGAGUCUGGCGAAGAAUCCAUGGGCGUAUCUGA